UAACACCACUGUUUCAUCCACAUCAGUCCAGGCAUUGUUCCGAGGGCCAAACUCAAUUCUCAUUAGGGACCCUGUGCCGGGCAACCUUUUAUUUUGAAGUGCUGUCUUGAUUUCCGGUUUGCACAUUUCAGGCGGACUUGGCACGAUUCACACUAUCUGAUGUAUUUCCACCACUUGGAGUGCUGUUUAGAUAUUCUAACCUUGAGUUGUUGCACUUUGGUUACUCUCCCCGACACUAAAGAAGCAUGAUUUCAGCUCCCGGACACCCUUUCUGUAGCUUCUCUGCUAGUUAGUUAGCUCCGUGUAGCCGCUAAUGCGAGGGGACGGUGGCUCCGGUAUGCCUCGGCGGAAGAAAAACGGCCAGAGCCCGGCCAGAGUCCCAGGCGGCGGGCCGCUGGAGGGGGGGAGCCUCAACCGACUACCUCCGGGAUUUGACGGUGCCAUGGCCAACAACUUUGCAUCCAGCACUUCGCUCUCCAGCUCCGAAAAGGAGAAAAUCGUCCAAAGCAUGCAGGAGAUGUUCUCACACCUGGACCCCGAAGUUAUAUACAUCGUGCUGUCCGAGUGUGAUUUUAAAGUUGAAAAUGCAAUGGACUCUCUCUUGGAGCUGUCUGUGGCUGCUGAAGUUGCAGCCCCUAUGCCUUCUCAUGUUUCUGGCUUUGAGCUCACUGCUGCAGCCCUUCUCAGACCGCUUCACUUUUCUGAACCUAGACCUGACUCCUCCAAACCACCUCAGCUGCCCUCUCCUCCCUCCAGCAGCCUCCUGACAGAAGAGCUGGACUUGCUUGUCGAUCAGGAGCUAGAGACACUAACCGCACAACAAUGCGCUAAGGAAGAUCACCACAGCAGCCCGUAUUUAUCUGUUGGUAUGUCCCUUUCCUUUUUCCCUCCACCACCAUUCCCACAGCAGGUCCUCCCUGAGCUGCUUCAGUCCAGCAUGCAACCUGGAUCUAGAGGGUCCUCUGGAGGUGGCCCAGUGGAGCAUAUUUCCGGAGCCUCCUCUCCGCUUGACCAGCUUAGCAUUUGGGAAGAUGAAAUGGUUGAGAAGCAGCAGUCGAGGGUGGAUUUUACACAUCUGAUGACAGAGAAUCCUGCAGACAAGACUAAAUCUCCUCUGGACCUGGCAGCCUCGGGACGUCCCUCUGCUUUCCAGGUGUAUAAAAAGCAAGACCCAUUGCACACUCUACCAGACAGCGCCAGGGUCAUGCCCUCUAAAGCAAUAGUUGGAGGAGCGAGAUCUAAGGUAAACAUGUUGAACCAGGAACCGCUUGGCUACAUACCUUUGCCCUGGAACCCUCAGGCACCAGUGUUUUCUCCCCGUGUCCAUGGAAACCAGGGGCCAGCCUUCAUUACCCCUGUGGCUUCCAACUGGCCCAGGAUGCCCAGGCAUGCCUCUCCCUGGCUGAGUCAGGGCCCGGUCGGCCAAGCACCGCUCAGACCUUCUGCUACUAUCCCAAAGUCCUGGGCCCUGUCUGCUGGGCCACAUCCCCCCCCCCAGUACAGCAGGCUACGCUUGGAAGGGAGGGUCCUUGUGUUGUUACGCGGGCCUCCAGGAUCUGGGAAGUCUACCAUGGCAAGAGCCUUGUUAGAGCACAACCGAGGUGGGGUUAUUCUGAGCACUGACAAUUAUUUCACUCGUCACGGAGAAUAUCAGUUUGACCCCACUGCUCUGGGGGAGGCCCAUGAGUGGAACCAUAAACAAGCCAAGGAGGCGUUUGAAAGGGGCGCUAACCCCAUCAUCAUUGACAAUACCAACAUGCAGGGCUGGGAGAUGAAACCCUAUGUGGCUCAGGCACUGAAAAAUGGAUACAAGGUGCUGUUCCGAGAGCCGGACACUUGGUGGAAGAGCAAGCCCAGAGAACUUGAGAGACGUACCAAACAUGAUGUGCCAUUGGAAAGAAUCCGACGCAUGCUUAAUUCUUAUGAGCGCUACGUCACAGUCCAGUCCAUCAUGGGCUCACAGAUGCCUGAGGUGAAACAGCGGCUCGCAAUGGAGAACAGAAGCCCACAGCCGGUGUCUUCUGAAACACCUCGCCCUGACCUUGUGGGGCAGCCUGGAUUGACUGAUGGAUUUAAGCCCCGCCCUCAGCUGUUUUCCUCUCUCCCUGACGUAUCAUCUAUUGGUCGCUCUGGUGACGUGGGCAUGCUGGAAGAUGGCCCCAACGAAUAUACGGAGUCUCUAAAUGUACAACAUACAGAAAGUUUUACAGAACACCCUGAAAUAAGUGACGAGGAGGAAAAUAUGGAUUUGGGCGAAUUAGAUUCUGAGUUGGACGCCCAGAUGGAUUCAAAUCUUCCAAUAGGAGAUCAGAGAAUCCCUGACUGUAUUGUUGAAUCUGUAAUGAGCGAAGUUCAUCGUGGGGAUGAAUUGCCCGUGGCUUUCUCUGAGUCUAUUGCACAAAGAGUGAGGAGAGAAAGGCCAAGCAGGAGGUCUGAUUUUGAUAGGUCGGAGCCUGCAGAUGUGGUGAAAGAUACUAACCAAUCAGACAGCGAGGCAAAGGAGAAGGAAAUACCAAAGGAAGCAGAAGGGGUUGAAAUAGUGAGGGAUGGGAGAGAGAAGGGAAGGCCUUACAUGUUGGAUUUUGUAGGAGAUUGGCCUUCUGAAGGGUCCCUGGAGCUGAGACAGGUGAGGAGAAGUGAAAGACAUGAAGAAGCAAAUGGGAAGAAAGAAGAAGUGUCUCAAGAAGCUCAGAAAAAGAAAACAAAAGUGCAGUCAGGACCAAAUGUGACAGAGUUUCAGAAGCUUCUUGAUCUUAUUCAGACGGGAGUAGCUGACAUUCAGACCGACUCUUCCCGUUCGUCCUCUCUUUCCCCAACGCCUAGAGAGGAAUUGGAGAAAGAAGAAGAGGCAGCUGGUAUAUUUGGGGACUCCCAUGAAAGUAGAUCCAACAGAGAGGAGAGUCAACAAAACAUGACUCAGGAUAACUGCAGCAGAGCUGAAUUACCUGACUGUGUGUUAGACUGGAAGGCAGCGGACUCUGCGAAGGUCAAGGACUCGAGAAUAGAUCAUUGGGAGGGACAGAAAACUGAAAACGAAGCUAGUAGAACAACAGGAGGGAAUGUGUUAGAGAUGGGAAGCGAAACAGGCUCUGUAGAUGUGAUAUCAACUAUCCCAACAAAUCCCCUCUCUGAUCCAAUUGCUAGUUUACUCGAACCCUCCAACACUGUGGAGGCAAGUGUAUGCCAUGAUGGGCAAGCAAGCCACAAUAUUGAAUGUGAGGUAGGCACAGAGCCUGAGACAAGUGUUGAGGCUGAUCAGAGUCAUGUUAGUGAUGCGUGUCAGAGUCCUGUGUGUGAAGGCUCUGUAGAAACAGAGAGCAGUUCCGUCAGUGGAGGCAGUCAGGAAAGGAGGCUGCGCCCCGGUCGUAGAUCAGGGAAACAGUGCAAACUAGCCCUCACCUUCACUCAAAACUGCCCUGCUUCUUCAAUGAACAAUCUUGAAAGUCCCAAUACCUCAACCCAAAGUAUAAACAGCACUCAGGAUAGUAUUAAGACAGAUAUUGAACCCGACAACUGUGACAUUAGCCUUAGUAUUAAACCAAACUCUGAUCUGUCCAUCGAGUCCAAUUCUGAGGCCCAGCUGCAGCCUCCUUCCCCUCUUCCUCUUCCUCUGGUAGACGGAGGCCACCACACCCAAACUGAACCUCAAGACUUUGCCCUCCUAUGGCGUCUCAACCAUAAAAACAGCAGUGAUGAUGCAGUGGUCACCGGGGACAUCACAGUCCUGUCGGGAGACUCCUUUCGCUUCGUACCAGAGCGCUCCUCCGCCGUCUCUGCAGCUGUGGCAGUUCACCACUCCGGCCAAAGAGAGGUGCCCUACCAUGUGGCGCAUGAGAAAGGCACACAGGUGGAGGAGAAAGAUAUCGGGUCAACUCAAGACCGGCUUGAGAGCCUGCGCAUCCUCAGCCGCCAUUUCAAACUGGUGAGUUUCGAUAUGUUAGAAGAUCUGUAUGACAAAUGCCAUCAGGACUUGGAAUGGACGACCAACCUGCUGCUGGACUCCGGAGAGAGGUUCUUCAGAGAGGACGAUGGUGGGAGAGAGGAGGAGGAGGAGGAGGAGGAGGAGGAGGAGGGUGGUGGUGGGGGGGAUGAAGAUGAGCAGAUCACAUCCGGUCUGUUUGGAGCUUUGGACAAACCUGUAGGAAAUAGCUUAUGUCCUAAUGUUUUAGACGAGCAUCACCCUGAAGGUCAGCCAAAGGGAGAGCAGCAUGGUGAGCAGUCAACCUCUGACACAGUUAGAGAAUCAGAUGAGAGCAACAAUAUUACCGAUGUGCUCAGUUUAGGAGGUGCCGCUGUUCAAGUUCAAAACAAAGAGCAUCCUGAUACAACCUCACACUUAGAAAGAUCUCUUCAAGCAGAACUCAGUCUUCCUCAUGGCGUAAACGAAGGAGGGAGAUGUGGUGUCACUGAACACAAGGUUGCCUCAGAAGCUGUUUUGGAAGGUGGCGUUUGGGGUCAAAGCUCAGAAGACGGAGUAAUAAUUGAAGAGUCAAGAGUUGAGAUUGAGGAAGAGAUUGCCAGCAUGGAAGAGGUUCACCGGCUGCUGCAGGCCGAGUUAGAGGAGAGUGAGCACGACCAGAAGGAGAGGAGUGAAAGGAGGACCAUGGAGGAGAGGAGGAGCAGCCACAUGGACAUUCAGAGUGUGGAGCUGAAACUACCCACGGAGCUGGCUCUGCAGCUCACUGAGCUGUUUGGACCUGUAGGAGUAGACCCAGGAUCAUGCCCAACUGAUGAUUAUGCAGUGAAGAUGGACCUGCACCUGGCCAGACUGCUCCACCAGAAGUGGAAGGAGACCAUUCAGGAAAGGCAGAGACAUGCAGCUCUUUCAUUUCACCUGCUUCAGGAAAGUUCAGCACACUGGGGAGACUCACAGAAGUCCAGAUCUGGAUCUCGAGAGCGAGCACGUUUCCUGAUUAGUGCGGAUGGUUACGAGUCACUGGACAGCCAACCAGAGGCCGGCGCUCCGAUGCCAUACAUGGACCACUGGAACAUGUCCCAACCACAUGUGUCUCUUAGAGAUAUUAUCAAAGAGGAGCAGGCUUUGCAGGAGAAUGUGAAAAAGACCAGACAAGGCCGCGCAGACCUGGACCUGCGUGAUGGAGCCGCCAUGUUGAAAGAGAACCAGCUGUUCGCCCUCUUCCCCACCAUUGACAGACAUUUCCUCCAGGACAUCUUCAGGGACCACAAUUACAGCCUGAUCCAGACAGAGCUGUUCCUUCGCUCUCUACUAGACGAAGGGCCCGUAAAGACAGUAGUUGCCCCCGAGCCUCCUCGGUCCGACCACCUCAGAGCAGCCAGCAAGGAGCGGGAGAAGAGGCAGAAGCCCCCGGAGUCAACCGUACUCGACUAUCAGGAUACGGAGGACCCGGACUACCAGGACUUCAGGGCCGAGGCCAGCCAACAAAGGGAGCGACAGCUCGAGUGUUUCUCCAAGGCUGCUGAGGCCUACAAGCAAGGAAGGAAACAAGUGGCUUCCUUUUACGCACAGCAGGGACACCUGCAUGGCCAGCAGAUGCGUGAGGCCAAUCACCGAGCAGCAGUUCAGAUUUUUGAGAAGGUGAACUCAUCGCUGCUGCCCAGCAACAUCCUGGACCUCCACGGGCUGCAUGUCGAUGAGGCCCUGCAGCAUCUGGCCCAAGUCUUACAGGACAAAACCACAGACUGUGAGCAGGGUCUGUGUCGACCUCAGCUCUCUGUCAUCACAGGAAGAGGGAACCACAGCCAGGGGGGCGUGGCCCGCAUCCGCCCUGCCGUUAUAGACUACCUCACCAACAAAAGCUACAGGUUCACGGAGCCAAAGCCAGGUCUCGUGUUGGUCUCUUUGAAGUGAGAAGAACCGGGUCUAUUGGAUUCAAGCUUAAGCUGCUAUAGAGGACAACACACACACACACACACUUCUACAACGCUACAUAUACAAUUACUAUAGUUUAUACAGUACAAUACACUCGAUUUGUUUUUGGUACCUUUUUUAUUUUGCUUUCUCUCUAUGUUCACUCCAUAAGUCGUCUUAAUCUUUGGGAAAUUUAGGAGAAUUUGGGUUAAAUCAUAAACUUGAUUCAGAUCUUAAAAGAGUUUUAUUUUGUGGUUAGAAUAAAUUGAAACACAAAUAAGGUAUUUUUAAAGCAGCUGUAAAGCUAGAAUGUAUGUACAUUUUAAAAUAAAAUAGUUUUAUAGUGUUGCAGAAUAUACUUUAUGUUUAUCUUUAAGCCUUUUUAAGAUAAUUUUAAAAUCGAAAUCCCUUUUGUUUUGAAGGCUUGAUGUUGAAUAAGGUGUUAUUUAAUGGACUCAUCUGCAGUAAUGUUUGAGACGUAUUAUGAGGAUUUUAUCAGACUUGAAUUAUGAUUGCAUGCUGUCUUCUUGGAGGUUGCUCUCUAGGAAUUUAAGUAUUAUGGCAUCUUUUAUGAGGCACUAAAAAGUAUGGAUUUAAUCCUCCAUUAAUGCAUGCGAUCUAUCCAGAUGCUAAGGAGAAGGUUUUUUGUGUCUCUUGGUUUUAGUGUUCCACAGCCAGUUCUUAAAUAUUGUUAACAUCCUCCUUUUAGAGUUCUGCUGAACAUAAAACGGCAACUGCUUAUUUUCUUAAGGCCGAACCAAGCUUAGCUGCUAAUAUGUGGAGAUUCAAACUCAGGAAAAGAUACAUCAGUGUUUGGUUUUCUUUUUUCGAGGCCAAUUGACUUACUUCUCCAGCCCUUUCAUGGUAGCUACUUGUUUUUUUUAAAGCGUUGUGCCAAAUUUUUAUAGCAGUUUUAUUCCUCAGGUUGCUUCUCGAUUUUUGUAGAUUUAAAAUAAAUCCUCUGUUUUUCUAUCUGUGUGAUAUUUUUCAUAUUGGUUGAACAACAAUGUUGAACAAUUUUACUGACUGUACAUAAUGUUGUUGAAUUAAUUAUAAAGAGAAAUGUGUAUUUUUAUAUUCAUUUGUUCAAAUGGUUUUACAGAAAAUAUUGUAUUGUGGAAUAAACUCACAUUUGUUUACAA